AUGCCUAUGUCUUCUCUCCCAGCAACCAUUUUAUCUCAAAUGAUAGCUGUAAGCAAUGUGUCUCCUCCUCCACUUCUCAGUAUUCCAAGCUUGCAAAUGCUUAAGAACAUUGAUUAUCCUCAGUUGAAUACAUUAUGCCACGUGAGAGGAAUACAAUACAGCAGAUCCUUGACUAACAUCCUAUCAGCACACAAUAUAUUUAUGAAGGAAUAUCCUAAAAUAUUCUGGCAGAAAAAAACCAGAGAGCCUAACUUUUCAAGAGGAAAGAAAAAGGAAAUGAUAAAACCUGCUGAAGGCACAGAAGAAAGUAAACCCCAACAACCUGAUGAUUCUCACAAUAUAACUGUCCAUGUUAAAAAAGCACGUGGUGGCCAUUUAUAUGGACCAAAAAAAUCUGAAGAGAAGUUAGUAGAAUUCAUGGAUAUCUUAAAGAAAUUGCCCAUUCACAGGACGCCAUUUGAACACAAUGCUGUGUGGAAGAUGCUGAGAACAAUUCCAGAUUUAACCUCUCAUCUAAUUGAUAAGCAUCUGAAAAUACUUAGUAAGAAUGCCAUUUCUGAAACCUGGGUAAAAGGAAGCACAGUGAUAGGAAAUGAUGGAUUUUAUGUGAUACUGAAAGGCCUAGCUCGACCACGAACACAGAUAUAUAAAAAUCUGAUUGAAGAAAAUGAGUCUACAACGUCUUUCAUACCUCAGAAUUUCCACAGCUUUGUUUUCAGUGAAGACUUCAGAAACUCUACACUGGCUGGGAUGCACAUACCUUCAAUGGACCCAAUGAUAGAAAGUGGAAAUAUAAUCUCUUUUGUGGCUUAUAUUAAUUCUGGAUAUUGUAAGAUUUGCAGAAGUAUUGUAGGACUUUCAAAACCACAAUCAAGAAAAGUGGUAAAUUUUAAAUUUAUAAAAAAAAUAAGAAAACUUGUGUAUAUGGGUCAACUUAAGGAGAAUGAGAUUAGUGUUCUUCAAGUUCCUUUCACAUACACAAUAGUUACUGGAAAAGAUGUUGAGAUGGCAAUUAUUGAAGAUAAGGACCUACUUGGUAAAUACAUAAAUGUCUUUUAUUUCAACUGUUAUACCAUUCUAUUUGAUGAGUUUUUGGCAAGAGUAGAUAUAUUUCACAGACAAAUUGGGACACUCAAGCUGUUACAGAAUAUGGAGUAG